AUGUCUACUGAUGGCACAAACAUGACCGUGAAAGGACGUUUCAAUGAACUUCUUCGCCAGUACGAGGAGGGAAUCUUGGGAGGCAUGCAUUCUGGUGAACAGAGCACAAUUGCCCGUUCUCUCAUCCCUCAGUUUGAGCUGCUGUGGCGGCAGAUGGCGGUGAUGGGCGUUGUUUCUUCCAACGAACAGCUGGAUGACCUUUCCACAAGCUCGCUGGAGCUCCUGUGGAUCCCAUACAUCAUUGCAGACCUUUACCAGCGUAUACAAGGGCCAAUUCCAACGCUAGAAGCAACGUCAUCACCCUCAUCGUCAGCGCCGGAGACAAGGAACACGUCAGAGAUGACACGGGAGGAGGCUCUCACACUCUCCAAAGGUUGGUAUGACAUGUUUUUUCAGUGGAUGCUGGACUACGAACUUGUGGAUGAGCGGACUUUGGAGAAAUACCGCAAUAUGCAUCCAGACCAGCGCACACAACGGGUUGAACUUUCCCGUAAGCGGCGCGAGCUUGAAGAGGAAAAGCGACGCUAUGAGCAACAGGUGCAAUACCUGUUGGCCAAGCGGAAGCGUAUGCAGGCACUAGCGGAAGAGGAUGGAGAUGAAUUGGAAGACACCAAUGGGGAUGAGGAGGAUGCGCUUCGGAAUCGUGCGCUAUCACGUUUGCGGUGGUCCAUCUACGAGAGUUGUCAACAGUUGCAGUUGUCAUUCAGGGAGUUGGAAAUGCUCCAGGCGCUCUCUCUUGAGCAGCGACAGGCCAUUGCGAUCGAUCACCAAAAGACUAUUGAGGCGGUGCAACGUGGAGAGAAGUCGCUUGGUCGCCAUACUUAUACCAUUCUUCCCGGUGGUCUCAUUACCCCUGGCGGUCCGAUCCCCACCACGCAGGUGGGCAGCGUCGCCAUGAGUGCGAUUGCCAAUCAGCAGGCCUUCCGACAGGAGGUCGUGAAGGAUCUGAUGGUGGAACGGAACCCACCGACGAUGACGCUUCAAGAAUUUGCAGAGGCGGAGAUGGCGGAUGUGCAACGGCGGAUGGACGCCAGCGCUGCAGCGAAGCGUCAGCAAGAGGAGGAAGAUGAACGGCUGGGACCUGACGGCGUGGAGGAGCGACAGCGCCAGCGUGACACGCGGCUGGCUGACUGGAAGGAGGACCAUCCGCCCAUUGGAAAGACGGCAAAGGGGAACUACACAUGA